GAUUAUCUAUUGCGUAACCCCUGUCUCCACGGCCAUUGCUUUCCUACCCUGCGCUAGCGCGUGGCGUUUUGAGGCCCAGACUGGGCAAACCUGCUUCUAAAAGCAGCCGUUGUCAGCUGUCCUUCUGGGCAUGCACCCAGCAGCUAGCAAGGCAAGGGAAUUGGCACAGGCUACGGUAAGCAGCGGCCUGCUGUGGCGGCUUGAUGAAGCCCUUGGCUUGCCCCCUUGCUUCCAGCUGCUUCCCGCUGCAAAGACUUGCCUGUGGGUACCCCGACACACCUGCUUCCCCUGGGAUUUGUGAUGGGUCACCGCUGGCUGCGCCUGGUGUUUGCUCUCGUUGCAGUUGCUACCAACAACAUGGGAGGCGACAUUCCCGUGACAGAGGCCCCUGGUGCCCGUCGGUGGGCACUGUGUCUGCAGGACGAGAACCCAGAACCACAGGAGAUACACCCGGCAGUGUCCAAAUUCAGUGCUUGCAUGCUGCGUUGCGCCACCCAAGCCAUGCUUGGGAUAGUCAGCACCAGGCCCAGCACCUCAUUGAAGCUCAACGAAGGCAAGGAAGGUGAAGAUCAUGAAUUCUGCUGGAUGCUGCAUCUCCGCUGCCAGAAGGGAGAGAGGCUCACCAAGGCCUUCAUCCUCCUUAACUUGGAGCAACCUCCAGACGGAGGUCAGCCACCUCCCUACAGGCUGCUCCUCACUGCUCCUCCUUCACUACGCCAGCACCUGCGAGUCCACCAUGGCAGCCGUGCCGGGAGGCUGCUUCCAGGAGAAGCCUGCGGCAUGCGCUUUGAUGUGACUGAGCCCUUCCGUAACGCUGAAGGGGGGCAGGCCGCAGAGAUGUGCGUCAGAGCUGUCUGUCCUGCAGACGAUACCUGCGGCAGCUUGUCUUUGGCGUUACAGUGCCCACCCUUCCUGGCAACAUUGUGGCGCAGCAUACCUCGACCUGAUGGCUAGGCGACAGAACAGCUGGCCGGGCUUGCUCCAUGAUGGAGGGAGGCCUAGCAACUUUUGGGAGCAGAUGAGGGGAAAGGGCACUACUUUGCACGCACAGAUUCCGGCUCAACCACCAGUGUAUUCGAAGUAUUCGAAGAGACUGUAAAACCCUGUGAUGGUGGUGGCGUUAGCACUCCUUGUCAAGACUGGGGGAGAGAACCCAUGACGGGAUGAUUAUUCUUCCCUGCUCAGCCAUUGAGCCAUUAAUGGUGGGUGGGACGGUGGCGUUACCUCAUUUGCUAGAACUGUUACCACCCCAUUCUCCCACCUUUACCUGACUGAAUCGUGGUGCCCAGCUCCCUAUGUCAUUCCCCUCUCAGUCCAUUCCUUUGUUUCCAUUAGGCCUUUUCUUGAUUAAUUCUUGGAAGACUACUGUUACUGAUAAGGCCUGAACUAAAUAUUAUCCCCAGUCACAUGAAGUGGAAGGGGGGAAAGCUUUGUAAUGCAGCCAAAUCUCCUACUGUGUGAGGCUUUUAGAAUAAAUAAGCCAAGCUACUA